CAAGGAGAAGGAGCAGCUGGUUCCCUCUACUGUCAGCUCCCGAGGAGACGGAACCCUGGUCCUCACUACCGACUAUGGAGAGGUGUUGUAUCUCCAGCAGGCUGAGGUGACUAGAGAGAGAGUGUAUGCUAUGCAUCAGUCCAGUAUAGAUGGAGUGGAGGACAUGUCCACUCUGGCAGAACUACACGAAGCUGCCAUCAUGCACAACCUCUACCAGCGCUACCAGAAGGACAGCAUCUAUACCAACAUAGGCAGCAUCCUGGCAGCGGUGAACCCUUAUAAACAGAUCCCAGGCAUGUAUGACCUAGAUAGAGUUGAGCUGUAUAGUCGACACCACAUCGGAGAACUCCCGCCCCAUAUCUUCGCUGUAGCCAAUGAGUGUUACCGCUGCAUCUGGAAACGACACGACAGCCAAUGCGUCCUCAUCAGUGGGGAGUCGGGGGCUGGUAAGACAGAGAGCACCAAGCUGCUUCUCCAGUUCCUGUCUGUGAUGAGCCAGAACUCUGCUGGGACGCCUCCCUCUGAGAAGACCACACCAGUGGAGCAGUCCAUCGUUCAGAGCAGUCCUAUCAUGGAGGCGUUUGGGAAUGCCAAGACAGUGUACAACAACAAUUCUAGUCGCUUUGGGAAGUUCAUCCAGCUCCACUUCUCCCAGAGCGGGAACAUCCAUGGUGGAUGUAUCGUCGACUAUUUACUGGAGAAGAACCGCGUGGUGAGACAGAACCCUGGAGAACGGAACUACCACAUCUUCUACGCCCUGCUGGCCGGAGCCAACAAGGAACACAGGGAGCUGUAUUUCCUGGACGACCCUCCUGAGUCAUUCCAUUACCUCAGCCAAUCAGGCUGUCUCAAAGACAAGAGCCUUGACGAUAAACAGCUCUUCAACAGCGUCAUGGAGGCGCUGAAGGUGAUGGAGUUCACUGAGGAGGAGACCAGAGACGUGUUCAAACUGCUGUCUGGAGUCCUACAGCUGGGCAACAUUCAGUUCAUGACCGCCGGAGGAGCGCAGAUCACCACCAAACAGGUGCUCAGUAAUGUCAGUGACCUACUCGGGCUGGACUGCUUCCAGCUGUCUGAGGUGCUGACGCAGAGAUCCAUGAUCCUCAGAGGAGAAGAGAUAUGCUCUCCGCUCACCAUAGAACAGGCGGUGGAUUCCCGGGACUCUGUUUCCAUGGCUCUGUAUUCCCAGUGUUUUUCCUGGAUCAUUUUCCGGAUCAACCAGAAGAUCAGAGGGAAAGACAACUUCAAGUCCAUCGGAAUACUGGACAUCUUUGGCUUCGAGAACUUCCAGGUGAAUCGGUUUGAGCAGUUCAACAUCAACUACGCCAACGAGAAGCUGCAGGAGUACUUCAACAAACACAUCUUCUCUCUGGAACAACUGGAGUACAACAGAGAGGGAGUCCAGUGGGAAGCCAUAGACUGGAUGGAUAACGCUGAGUGUCUGGACCUCAUAGAGAAGAAACUUGGGAUGCUAGCGUUGGUCAACGAGGAGAGUCGCUUCCCCAAAGGGACAGACUUCACACUGCUGGAGAAACUACACAGCAGGCACUCUACAAACCCGUACUAUGUGAAGCCUCGACUGGCUGACCAUCAGUUUGGCAUCAGGCACUAUGCUGGAGAGGUUCUGUAUGAUGUCACCGGGGUUCUGGAGAAGAACAGAGAUACAUUCAGAGACGACAUCCUCAACAUGCUGAAGGAGAGCAGACUGGACUUCAUCUAUGAUCUGUUUGAGAGAGUGGGCAGCAGGAACAGUGAGGAGACUCUGAAGAUGGGGACAGCCAGACGCAAGCCUACCGUCAGCUCACAGUUUAGGGACUCUCUCCAUUCCCUCAUGGGAACUCUGAGUGUGUCCAACCCUUUUUUUGUGCGCUGCAUCAAACCCAACAACGAGAAGAACCCUAGUGUGUUUGACCCGGAAGUGGUUCUGAACCAGCUGAGGUAUUCUGGAAUGUUAGAAACAGUUAAGAUCCGCCGGGCCGGCUUCCCUGUCCGCAGGACCUUCAAAGACUUCUUCAGCCGGUAUCAGAUCAUUCUGCAAGAGAAGGUGAGUGGAGCGGGGGAUGAUAAGAAGAGGAGUACAGACCUGCUGACCAAAUAUGACCGUGCUAAGAAGGAGUGGCAGCUGGGAAAGACCAAGGUGUUUAUGAAGGAGUCUCUGGAACAGCGUCUGGAGAAAGAGAGAGACGAGGUUCGCCGUAAAGCAGGCUUGGUCAUCAGAGCUCACAUCCUCACCUACACCGCCAGGAAGCACUUUAAGCGUGUAAAGGGGAGCGUCGUCACCCUCCAGGGGUACCUUCGUACCCACAUACAACGGAAAUGGUUUCUACGGCGAUGCUUGGCGACGCGGGUACUCCAAAAACACAGACGAGGACAGGUGGCCCGUGCGAGCUGCCGCAAACUCAGAGAGGAGAGGAAGAAGAGAGAGGAGGAGGAGAGGAAGAAGGGAGAGGAUGCAGGCGAGGGGAAGAAGGAGGGAGAGGUGGAAGGAGAGAAGGAAGGAGGAGUAGAGGCAAAGGGUUCUGAGAAAAAGGAAGGAAAGACGGAAGAAGAGGCCCGUCAGAUGGAGGAGAUCUUGCGUAUAGAGUUGGAGAUCGAGCGCCUGCAGAAACAGAGGGAGGAUGGGGUCUCCCAGCUCUGUGAGUCCUCCAGGCAGGAGCUCCGGCUACGCCGGGACGCAGAGAUCAAGAGGCUGAAGAAGGAGGCCUCUCGUAAGGCCACAGAACUAAUCGACCUCCUGGACUUUGGAGGUCUGGAUCCCAGUUUAGCCACCGCUGCUAACGCUAGCGCAGAGCGGCUCCAGGAGGGGCCAGGCAUGGCCACAGCCGGAACCCAGGAGGAGGAGGUGGACGAGGGCUUCCAUGCCGAGGAGGAGUGCACUGUCCCUCUCCUCCCAGACUUCCCUCCUCCAGCCGAGGCUGACGCUGCCGUGGACCAGGAUAUGUUUGCCCACCUGCCGCCCCCUCCCCCCGCCUUCGCUGAGGGUUCUACUGCUACACCACCUCCCCCUCCCCUCGAUUCAUCCUCACCCACUCCCGUCCCUCCACCGCCUCCCCCCUUACCAGCUGGAGAUGGCUCUGACACCCCUCUCCCACCUCCCCCCCCACCACUGCCUCCUGGAGAGGGGGAGGGAAAAGGAAAAGAGUGGGAGAUAAAAGAGGGUGAUGGAGGGAGGACAACGAGUAUCUUGAGCCUCGGAGAAGGGGAGGAGCCGAUCUACAGCAUGCCGGUCGACAGCGGCGAAUCAGAUUACGACGAGGAGGAGGGCUCUGUCACCGCGGGAGACGAUGGUUCCGCAUCCGGGCAGAAUAGCAACAGAGGCAGCGCGGCCAUGACAGAGGAAGAAGCUCUGAGGAAGUCCACGUGCACCAACGCCAGCAUAGAGUCAUACAGGGGCAGCUCUGACUCAUACAUAGAGAGUGAUGAUGAGCAUGAUGGGCUGUUGGACACAGAUGAGGAGGUACACAACGGCAGGGUCACUCUUCUCAAUGGGAACGGACCUCCGUACUUCCAUAGCUACCUCUACAUGAAGGCUGGUCUGAUGAUUCCAUGGCGCAGGCGGUGGUGUGUGUUGAAGGAUGAGACCUUCAUGUGGUUCCGCUCCAAACAGGAGUCCCUCAAGUCUGGCUGGCUCCAUAAGAAGGGAGGAGGACUGUCCACUCUGUCCCGCAGGAACUGGAAGAUGCGAUGGUUUGUUCUGAGGGAACACAAACUGAUGUACUUUGACAACGACAGCGAGGAGAAACUGAAGGGAACCAUCGACAUCCGCGCCGCCAAGGAGAUCGUGAACAACCAUGAGAAGGAGAAUGCGUUGAACAUCGUGACAGAUGAGAGGACGUACCAGGUGUUUGCUGAGUCGCCAGAAGACGCCAGUGCGUGGUAUAACGUCCUCAGUAAGGUUCAUGUGUAUACUCCUGAGCAGCUGAUGGACAUGUCUCAUGAACAGGCCAACCCCAAGAACGCUGUGGGAACUCUGGAUGUGGGCCUGAUUGACUCAGUCUGUGCCUCUGACAACCCAGACAGGCCCAACUCCUUUGUCAUCAUCACAGCGAACCGUGUGAUCCACUGUAACACCGACACUCCAGAGGAGAUGCACCACUGGAUCAGCCUGCUGCAGAAACCUAAAGGAGACGCCAAGAUAGACGGACAGGAGUUCCUGGUUAGGGGUUGGCUCCAGAAGGAGAUGAAGACAGGAACUAAGAGUAAUGUUCUGAAGCUGAAGAAACGCUGGUUCGUGUUAAACCAUAACUCCCUAGAUUACUACAAGAGCUCUGAGCGAAACUCCUCCAAGAUGGGAACCCUUGUCCUCAACUCCCUCUGCUCUGUCUUUCAACCUGUGGAACGAGUGCACAGAGAGACAGGGUGCUGGAACAUCGUAGUGCACGGUAGGAAGCACUCGUAUCGCCUCUACACCAAGAUGCUGAAUGAAGCUCUGAGAUGGAUAGCAGCCAUACAGGCAGUGAUAGACAGCAAGACACCCAUAGAAACACCGACACUACAGCUCAUCAGAGAUAUCAAGGACAGCAGUCUGAACCCUGAGGCGGUGGAGCAGACCUACAGGAGGAAUCCCAUCCUCAGAUACACUCAGCACCCUCUACACUCCCCCCUACUGCCACUACCCUACGGAGAAGUCAUCCAGAGACAGCAGGGCUAUGCCAGUCUUCAGGAUGAAGCGAUCCGAGUGUUUAACUCUCUUCAGGAGAUGGAGACUCUGGCAGACCCUGUUCCUAUUAUACGGGGGGUACUACAGACCUGUCAGGACCUGAGACCUCUCCGAGACGAGGUAUACUGUCAGGUGAUCAAGCAGACCAAUCACGUGCCUCAGCCCAAUCAGCCCAAUCAGCGGGCUCAUUGGCACCUCCUCACCUGUAUGAGCUGUACCUUCCUCCCAAGCCGGACCAUCCUCAGAUACCUGCGCUUCCACCUCAAAAGGGUGCGAGAGCAUUUCCCCAACACAGAGAUAGAGCGUUAUUCUGCUUUUAUCAACGAGUCUCUGAAGAAGACCAAGACCAGGGACUUUAUUCCGUCUCAGGAGGAGAUCGUGGCCCUACUGGUGAGGCAGGAGAUGACAACUACAGUCUACUGCCAUGGAGGAGGCUCCUGCAAGAUCUCCAUCAAUUCACACACGACCGCUGGAGAGGUUGUGGAGAAGUUGAUCCGCGGCCUGGCCAUGGAGGACAGUAGGAAUCUGUUCUCUCUGUUUGAGCACAACAAGGUGACGGACCGAGCUCUGGAGAGCAGGGUCAUCGUGGCUGACGUCCUCGCCAAGUUUGAGAGGCUGUCAGGGACUGAGGAGGAGGAGGAGGAAGGACAGUGGAGACUCUAUUUUAAACUUUACUGUUUCCUCGACAUGGAGAGCAUGCCUAAGGAGGGGGUGGAAUUUGCCUUCAUGUUUGAGCAGGCCCAUGAGUCUCUGAUCAGUGGUCACUUCCCGGCCCCAGAGGAAACUUUGCAGCAGCUAGCCGCUUUACGGCUGCAGUAUCUCCAUGGAGACGGGGCCAGCCGCGCUGGGUGGAGCCUCGGUAGUGUUUACCCAAUGGGGCGCCUCCGCUCGCGCAUCUUCCACUCCACCAAACAGGGAGGCGCGGCAGGAGGAGAGGGAGGAGGGCAGGUGGGAAGUGUCAAGGGGGACGGGCAGGAUAGAAGGAGAACCCCCAGCUUCCUGGAUGGAAGUCUGAGGCGCAGCUUCAAGACGGGCUCGCUGAAGAAACAGAAGGAGGAAGAGGGGCAGCAGGUAGAGAUGUGGGUGAAGGAGGAGACAUCGGCCACCAGAGCCCAUGUUCUGGAUAAAUGGACCAAGUUACAGGGACUCCCCCAGCACCAGGCUCUGUUGAAAUACAUGUCCAUCGUCAAAGAGUGGCCCGGAUAUGGCUCUACACUGUUCGACGUGGAGGUGUGUGUGUGUUUUGUGUGUGGACCUUUGUGUUUUACAUCUAUCUCAUCCUCCCCUCCCUCUCCUCCUCCCCUCCCUCUCUCUCCCCUGCAGUGUAAGGAAGGAGGUUUUCCCCAUGACCUGUGGCUGGGUGUGAGUGCUGACAACCUGUCUGUGUAUAAGAGAGGGGAACCCAAACCUCUGCAGACGUUCCAGUAUGAGCAAAUUACCUUCUUUGGAGCUCCACAACCCUGCACCUACCAGAUCACUGUCGACGGCAACGACUUGUUCUUCCACACUCCAUUGGUGAUGGAGAUUGCUAAGAUCAUGAAAGCCUACAUCAACAUGAUGGUGAAGAAACGCUGCAGCAUUAUGUCUGUCUCCAGCGUCGCCAGCGCCUUCGUCAGGUGAUCAACCAGCAGCCAAUCAGAGCCCUCCAUUCAACAGUACAGGCCUAUCAGAGAGAGGCAGGAAGUGGAUACAAUCCACGGAUUGGUCGGACGGUUGUUUUUUUGGUGGAGUCGGCUGAUCUUGGAGAGGGGUAACCACAAAACAGUGGACAGUGAGGGAUCUAAAAUGGCAUCCGAUUUCACAAAGCGAAAAGGGGAUGGACACUGCAGCUAACUAUUCUAGACUUGGGAAUUGGGUGGAUUGGGUUAAAUAUCUGUUCGUUAACAAUGAGCAUGGAAAAUUACCCAUUUUGGGGAGGACAACUCCAGCAUAUCCCAACCCCCAGUUACCCUGCGUGUCACUGUCUUGCAGACAGCAGGUCCAGCGAGCACAUUCUAACUCAACCUUACUUCAUCUAAAUAUCUCUAUUACUCCUUUUAUAUAAAUCUCUAAUCUCUCUCUCUCCUCUGUCAUCCCUCUCUCUCUGUUCUCUCUGGACCAAACCCAUACCAACGACAAGCACAAUAGCCCAGUCAAACCAUACCACCCGCAAAGCUCCGUCGCCCCCUUUUCCACCCCGAUAACACACCCCACACACCCCUAGUCGCAGUCACGACACACUGCCGGCUAGGAGAGAUCAAAUGAAGCCUGUUACUAUUUCUAUCUACCUUCCUCUGUCUCUUACCCUCUCUCCCCCCAGUUGAUGAAACUCUCUUUUUCUCUGUCUGUGUGUCCCAUUUCGCCUCUCUUUACAGUUAAGUGUUAAUUUAUUCUCUGUUGCUUGCUUGCUUCCUUUCCUCUCUCUUUCUCUCACUCACUCUCUCGUUCAUCUGCUGUUACCGUGGUGACUGAGAUAAAGGACUGAGUUUUCAUCUCGGGGUCAAAUGGAAAAUCAGGUCCCUUCUUCAUCAGACUGCACAGUACUUACUUCCUGUGUCAAAGGAAGUGACAUCACAUAUGGUCAAAGGAAGUGACCUCACACAAACCCCCUCAAGAGAACCAGAGCUGGAGGCCCAUCCAGGGUCCUCUCCCCGGAAUCAUCCUGACUCAGAGGCUCUUUCAACGGGUAGCUGUCUGGCUCAGUCUGGGGGGGGAAGCUCCGUGGGUGUGGAGAGGUCUGGAGGAGAGAAUGAUGCUAAGAGUGACAAAAGUCGACCACAAGAUCAACCAAGGAAGAUUGAGAGAGCUUCCUCCUAUAAUAUGUCUACUAUGAACAUCACAUAUAUAACAUAUUAAUGUCCAACCUACACAUACACUAAUCAAACACUUAUCGUUUUUGUAUAUCGCACCUCAUAGGAACCCUAGAUAGAUUUUGGUGGCCACUGUACUGUAUGUAUAUAAAUACCAUUAUAAAUGCCAUUUGAUUAAUUUAUUGUAUGUGUAAACUAAAUUCUAAUAUGCCAACGCACCCUUAUUCACUAGCAGUGCCAUCUGACUAAAUCACAGCGAUAUAGAGGGGUUUCACUUCUUGAUGUAGAAUGGGUAGAGUCAGUCGCGGCGGCCAUAUUGGUAGGGCGGUUUGGGAUGGUUGCCUACAUGCGUUUCUCUGUGCUCUAGUGAAAUGUAGCCUUCGUAUCAACCUUCUGGCUCACGUUUCCAUAUCGGUGGGUACUUUUUAAAAAACAUAAGGAAUCUAGUCUUGUCUCCUCUACCCAUUCUGCUUCUACGCUAUGUGACUGUUCUCUAGUUCAUGUGUGAAUAGAACCUGUUUUAAGUCAUGUGACUAGUGUACUGUACGUUCCCAGUGUCUCCCCUCCUGCAGUGCUGUGUUUGGAACGCUACCGUGAGCGUGUGUAUCUGUGUCAUAAUGCAAGUGACUAACGAACUACCACACCGAGGGAAGAAGGGAACCAAAUGAAAAAAAGAAAGAAAGUGUGUUGUUGAGAAAUAAGAGUAUUAUGUAUCUGGAGAACCUUUAUAAGAGAAUGGUGUUGUGAUUGUGAUUUUAAGUGGGGAAGAGUUUGGGAAUGGAGGAAGGGAGGGAGAGGGGAGGAUGGGGUAUUUAUUUGUUAUAAUUAUUGCAGAGGGAGGGAGGGGAUAUGGUUGCAGUAUGGAAUUCUGUGAAAGAAGAGAAGUUCACACAUUAAGGAGGUAUGCAUCUAGGAAAUAGGAAAAGUUGGAAUAUGAGAAUUCUAGGAAUAUGGGAAUUUUGUUUGUUUCUGACUGUCGUCACUGCUUGUGGGCCACAGCCCCCUGGAGGACCAGUCUAUAGAAUCAGAAUUACUGGAAAGGACAUUCCAAUUCAGAACAACAUUCCAUCCUGCGUUCCAGUGGACCAUUUGGAAUGACUGAAAAAUCCAUUAUUUGCGUGCCAGUGUAGCAUACAUAAAUACAUGUUUUUGGCAGACAGGUUGGAAUGUCAAUUAUCAUCAAAUCCAGUGAAAUUCGGGACUGUGUCCUAUCUAGGUAUUCUCUUUCUAUGGCCCUGCCUCUCACACGGGUAGUACACAGAGUAAGAUGAAGUUGCCUCUUGACACUGAUCUAAGGCAGUGGAGGCUGCUGAGGGGAAGAAGGCUCAUAAUAAUGUCUGGAACUGAGCAAAAGGGAUAGCAUUAAACACAUGGAAACCAUGUGUUUGAUGUAUUUGAUACCAUUCCAUUGAUUUUGCUCUAUUACCACAUGCCCGUCCUCCCCAAUUAAGGUGCCACCAACCUCCUGUGAUCUAAGGUCAGUUUUGCAUUUCACACCCAAAUGAAAUGGUAAGAGUAAGCUGAUCCUAGAUCUGUGUCUAUGAGCAACCUCUAUACCGGGGUCCUUUUCCAGCCGCAGGCGGCCAGAGCAGGGCCUGACUGUAAUCUGUUAAGGUUCAUAUUAAUUAUUAUCAUUAUAUAUUGAAACAUUGUGAUUGUUUUUAGAGAAAACUGAGAAAGAGAGAGAAAAUAGUUGUUGUUCUUUUUUUAUUUGUAACUGGCUUUACAAACUUCUGCUUUAAUAAAUUAUCGGAAAUUG